GGCUUUCGAAUUCGCCGGCUGAAACGCGCGUGUCGCGAGGAGUCAGAUGACGAUCGCGUCGUUAUUACUCCCAGUUGUGGUGCACGUGUCAGACGACGUUCGCAGGAAUCAAGAUAUAUCUUUGUUGCGAUGAACGCGGAGGGAGUCGUGAAGCAUCCGUACUUUCGACUGAAGGUCGAUCUAUCCAGGUUCUUCCAUGACGCGCGUCAAUAUUGCUGGAUUUUCGUGGAUGGCGCGAAGGUGCAGCGGAUCGCUCACAUCGAGCAGCACAUCGCCAAGCUCUUCGGCAUCCAGGGACUGUUUCACCUGUUGUUGAACGACAUCGAUUACCUGCCGCCCACGGAGGACGCGCGUAUACUCGAGAAGAACGAGACGAUUCUGGUAGUACCUGGAUCAGGCAUAGAUGUUGAUAGCACGACUGAGAGCCUGUCGGAUGUCAAUGUGCACAGUGGCUCAGCCAAGGCAAAAGUAUGCAACGGUUCUAUGCGCGACAGGAGGGACGUCCAGUCGACAAACGUGACUAAAGCACUGGAUGCACUAGAUGUGUCCAACAAUACUUCAUGCGAAAUGCCAGCGAUCUCGACAAAUAACACCACAACAGACAUGAUGUUCUACAGCGUGAUCGAUGACACGGAGGCAGACACCGAUUCAAAAGCUACGGAUUUAAUGGAAGAUUGCAACAACACGAAAGACUCGGUUGCGUCUGGCACGAAGAGGAAACGAGUGCGAAAACGAAGACAAAAGAAUCGGUCUCAGGAACACAGUCUCUUCGUGUUACCCGCGGUAACGAGUAAAGAAAAUAAACCAAAGAAACCAAAAGUGAUCGAAACAUGUAUCAUUCCCCCUGCGAAGCACAUAAGAUUCGAUGAUGUAGGAAACGAGAACAGUAUCGCAAAGAAAAUAGUGCAGGAGGUGUCUAAAAAUGACUCCCACGUGAGCAGAGACUCGUUACCCAGUGAUCUUUCUGCACUUUUGGCCCUGGGAAAGAGCUCGACACCGAUGUUUGCAAAGAAGAAGAUAAAGAAGGAAAUUAACGUAGACAGCGUGCUGAGUAACAAAACGAGAAACAACAACACGUCUAAGACUGAGGUGGACGAUGCCAGUAUAGAGAAGAAUGCGAGUGAUAUGAAGGACGAGAAGAAAGGAUAUUAUAAAAAUAUCGAACUCGAAAAGCUCCCGAAAAUGGCUAGGAAACCACAGAUCAAAGACAUUAUUGCCUUCAAAACUUUGAAGAUCGCCGCGGAUUACACGCCUCAGCUGUCUGACUUUAUCGUAAGCGAGGUGAUAGAUUUUUGCGUCGAGUCUGAGAAUUACACUCUCAGAGUACUCGAGGGUAAGGAGGAAAUCCAGGUGCCGCUUGGAAAGUUCUCCCUUUCGGAAGACGAGUCUAUAUGUCCCGCAGAGACGUUUCUACUGAAUCACGUGCAGAUGAAAGAACUCCGUCUAAUUUUAUAGUCUGUUUAAGCGGUUAUGCUCGCGUUUUAAUUUUACCUUCCUUAAAACACGAUUGAGAAUAUAUUUUUUACGUUUAAUGUGUUAAUUUAUAACUUUCUGUUUCGAUUAUCUAUGUUUAAUUUUCACCGUACAGUUGUUUGUCGCAUGUUUCCAGAUAUUUAAUAUCUUUUUAUACUUGUAUUAAUUAAUACGCAAUUGAUAUUUUGUUUUAUAUUUAAUAUUUAAUUACAAAGCAGUUAAACUGUAUGUCUGUGUUAAAAAUAAGAUUAAAGAAGGAGGAUUAAUAGCGUACACUUAUAUCUUACGACGAGCUUAAUACAAUAUGUCUGUGACAAUUCUGCUUUUCACAGCUAUAUGUUUUGUAACAUGGAAUAUAUUUUAAUGUGAUAUGAUAAUUAUAAGACUGUUACGCAAUUUUCUUGUAACUUAA